ACACGGGUAAGUGGAGUUUUCUGUUCCAUUUUUUUUGUUGUUCUGCUGAGUAGGUAUCCCCUGGUUGUCUUAAAAUGCCAAACGAAAUCGAUCUUAAGCCAGAAAUCAGUCGGGUAGCUCUUAAACUUCCCCAAUUUUGGGAUAAAGAAGCCGAUUUAUGGUUUAUUAAUAUUGAGGCUCAGUUUAAACUCGCCGAUAUAUCGCAAGAUACUACUAAGUAUUACGCAGUGGUUUCAGCUCUCAACUCGGAAGUGUUAGCGUACGUGAGCGAUAUCGUUAAAAACCCUCCGAGGGAAAAUCUAUAUCAAACACUUAAAGAUCGACUCAUAGCAGAAUUUUCCGAUUCCGAACAAAAACGAGUGAAAGAUUUGCUGUCUAAUGCCGUGUUAGGAAAUGAUAAACCAUCUCAUCUUUUACGCAAAAUGCGACAACUAGCUAGUAAUAAAUUCGGGGAGGAAUUUUUAAGAACGCUAUGGAUUCAGCGUUUACCCAAAGAAACUCAGGCAAUUCUUUCUGUUUCCGAUGGGGAUUUAGACAAAUUAGCCCAAAUGGCCGAUAAAAUUCUCGAGCUCACACCUUUGCAAAUUGCCGAAACUAAUUUAGCAACGAACGAAAAUAAUACACACGCGGUUAUAAUGAAGCUCCAAACGCAGGUCGCUGAAUUAACAGAGUAAGUUAAUCGCCUAGCAAGGCCCGGCGACAGACAAUCACGCGAUUAUAGACACCCCCGGAAUCGAUCUCGGAAUCGUCGGCGUUCGAAGACACCUGUUCGACCCCAGGCAAAAGACCUAUGCUGGUAUCACGCGAAGUUCGGUGAUCAAGCAAAUAAAUGUAAGGCCCCUUGCAAAUUCCGAGAUCAGGGAAACUAGCUCGGAAAUCACACGUGGCGCAUGACCAAAUUAUUAUAUUUUCUUAUCAUAAGAAUAUGACCACAUGGUGCGUUAAAAGAAUUCCAAAAUGAACAGGAACAUGUUUCCACCGAUGGAUUAUAAAAGUUUGAUAUUUUGCUAUCAAAAUAUUCCUCAGUGACACUAUUUUUAAUUCUCAUUUCUCGAUAAUCGAUAUCAUAAUUAGGAUAUCGAUAAUCGAAAUUUAGGAUAUCAUAUAUUAUAAAUAACAUUAAAACCCUCAUCUUUACGCCAAGGCUUUAAAAGGUUUAAAUAGCCAAUUGAGUAUACAUAUUUUAAAACAUAUACAUGCAGACUUUUUAAUUAUC